AGAGCAACGAUUUUCACGGAGUCCCUCUUUUGCUUGUCCGCGUGAAGCAAGAGAAAGAAGUCGACAUUUUCGAAAAGGAGUCAAAGCAUAACUUCUCUGACGCUGAUCCCCGCCUUCGCAGGGAAGAGACACCCCCGCCAUCGUGUGGUUCGCUUCUGCUUCGGUCUCGGGUGCUCUCUGAAGUUUUCCCCGGAUUUUCUCUGUGUUUUUCUCUCUAUUUGAACCUUGCAUUUUGCUUCCGCGCUGUUUUCUCCGAUCCACCGCCGGGGUUCGCCUUCGUUGGCGUGGCCGCCUCUCGAUUUCCUGACUUCGUGCGGCGCCGGUGAGCCUAUACAGUGGAAGCUGCAUGCUUUUCUCUGGGACCAACUCGGGAACGUACGUGUAUGUUCGUCUUUCGAGGAGAGAAAACAACGUCUCUCUUUCAUCCACACAUUUUCUGUACGUUUACGCCUUCUCUGACGAGAAAUUCCUCGAGUCCUCCCGAAAUGGCGCUCCUCCACUACCUCACUCGGGGUGUAUGUACACCUCGUUUUCUGGGCCAGCAGACUCGCGCAUUUUCCGUGCAGGGUGGCUUAAACCGGUUUUUCAACGCGAGCUCGGCGUUGAACUCGCCUUUUUCAAAGGUAUCAAGCAAUAUUCUCUCUUCCACGUCGUUGAGGCCGAUCCAGGGAGAGAGUGCGCGCAGUGUGCGGCGCUCCUGCGACUUUCAGGGCUGUCUCGCGUUUCCAACUUUUUCGCGUUCUUUCACAUCGACUUCUGGUCAAGGCUCCUCACCAGCGACGAACGGAAAAGGCGCGGAAGAGCCGCACAACGCCUACCCAGAAACUCCACUGCACUUUUACCGGGCAACGCCGUACUCUGAAGGAUCUAUUAAUCACCGUUUUUUCUAUAUCAAUCUCAUUUUCCUCUUGUUUGUGUACGAUGUUGGAUCAGCUGUGGUUGACCUGUGAAACGCAUUUUCCGAA